AUGGAUUCCCAUACACCCAUGAUAUUGCCCAAGGGCUUUGUCAAGAAUCAUGAAGAUGUGUACAACAAGGUCGCUGCCAUUGAGCUUCUGGCUCCAGAACAAGCCUGGCAGUUUUGGCACGAUUACACAGUGACCUCUAAAGCUCUCAAAGACCCGACUGCUCGAAGGCUGGAAAACUUUUGGUGGCAUGUUGUUGGGAGUGACCGUAUACAGCUGAGCGGGAGAACCUUGGCGAGGAUCUUCAAAGAAAUCUCACUUGGACCAACCUUUGUGCCGCUCAAGGGGCCACCCAACCGAUGGGAAGGCAACAGUGUGCCUGCAAUCCCCGAAAAGUACAUCCAGCAGGCCAUGGAAAUCCUCGCCAGAGAGCAGCAACAAGGAAUACCCCAACCUCAGAGUGAAAUAGCUCUCAACAACGGGGAUGCACGCAACGGUCUGAGGAACGUAGGCUCAAGUGCCACCAAGCCCGCACCAUCGCACCCCAUUCUGAAGAAGCCUAGAGGACCUUCAACAUCUGGACCCCGACCGACUGCGCGCUUCGUUUCGCCCGAUGUAUCCGAGCUCGACGAUGGACUCGCAGAGGAUAUCCCGUCGUCAGGUAGUACCGUGACGCCGGGAAUCGAAAUGCGCCAGAGUGUUGCUUCACCUCCCAAGAAAAAGGCUGGGACCAGGAAGUUCGUUGCAUCAAAGGUUGCGUCUAAACGAAGACCCGUGCUGCCCAGAAAGAAUAGCUCGCAGUCAUCAGCGCACGGCGAGCAGUCUACAGCUAAAGUUGGCAACACAUCGUCUAGCAGCUCCCGAAGCUCGGGCACACCCCAGCGCCCUAUAUCUCCCCAGAGAGAAGCACCCAUGCUGCAGCCGCAAAACAAACAGAAUGCGGCACCUGGGCCUAGCGAGAAAGCAUUGGGCAAGCGUCCCGCAUAUCAAAGCGACGAGUCGUCGCACGUACCACAGAAAGAGAAGACCUCAGAGUCCUCACAAUCAGCCACAGUGCAGCGGGCGCCUGGGCCCAAUAAAGCAUCAGGCAACGGCCCGGUAUCCGGCUCUGGCCCUCACAAGGAUGAGCAUUUCAGCCUCGGGCAGCUUGACAACGGAGCUACAUUGGAGUUUACCGAUCCCCGACGACUUCGAGAGCUGGUCGCUGAAGUAAAAAACACAACAUUACCGCGAAGCAUGAAGACUAUACCAGACUAUCCGCCGACGAACUUCUCGCCAGCUAGCCAGAGCAGUCAGGUCACUCGCCCACAGUCGCUCAUCAAUCUGGCGGCUCACUCAGGCUCGUCAGCUAGAGCUCUUAGCCCUUCGACGGAUGUUCCGAGCCCACAACCUUCGGUUCAGUCCAAUGUUGGCUCGGUGCCCAUGGGCCAGUCGCGGUCACACAGCGGUUACGUCAAUCGCAAAAGCAGCGCCAGCUCUGUUGGGAUCAGCCGUGGUCUGUUUACUGGAGCGACAACGUCGACUUCCAACAUGGCGGCACAGGGAAUGAUUAUUGACCAGGGCGGUAGUGUCGGCUCUGUGGCAUCGACAUUCUACGACAACCAUGGCCGUGAUCUUUCACCUUCCAGUGGUGGAUCCGCCUCUCCUUCCGUCCUGAACCCGUACUUCACGCCCACGCAGCCGAGCACAUCGGCAAGUGUGCCCAUGGCCAGGACAAAGAGCCAUCUCGCACUUUUGCUGGAGCGAGAGCAUGAGAAGGACAGGGGUAAUGAGGCCCGAACGAAGAAGCGCGGCUCAAGGACCUAG